AUGGGACAGAAACGCAGGACGAAUGUGUCCAGAGAUAAAGAUGGAAUUAAGGUCUGUGAUGGGACUCCGAAAUCUCCCUCGGAAGUCCUUGAACCCGUGGUAUAUUCUAUCAAUAGCACGCCAGAAUAUUCACAAGAAGAUAAACGUGGCUCUCUCUUAAUAAGGUACCUAAACACGGUACUUUUAAAGGAGCGUCUAUUGCAUGCAGAAACCGUAGGUUACAUGGGAAAUGGAAAUAAAAGGGUCUAUCUUUGUAAAUUCUCAGAGAAUAUUCAAAAUGUAUAUGGAAAAUCCUGUCAUAUUUACCAUUCAUACUUUAAAGCGUCUAAAAGUAAGCUAAUCGGAGAUGUGUUUAAUAACGAAUUUGAUUCUCCAGGAAAUAAUGGUCUUGGGAGCAUUGGUAGAAAUGGAGAUUUUAGAUGCCAAAGUGACAGUACAAACUCUAUAAAGAGUACACCUGCGAAUAUCAGUGUAGAUUAUGCACAUUAUAAAAAGUUGGUAAACAGACUUACAUCAAGUGAAAAUGGACAAUCUAUUGAAAAUCAGGAAAAUGAUUCUAAUAGCUAUAUCCAUGAUUUUAGAUAUCAUGAGAGGAUAAAUAAGAAUUACAGAUGGCUGGAUCAGGAUGUUGCAAACUAUGUUAAUACGAUAACUAAUCCUGUGCCACCCCGUUUGUGGCAAUGUCUUUACAAUAAGACAAAGAAACAAAUAUUUAGAGUAUGCAAAUUUUUACACAUUAACCUGCAUGUUGCCUUCAAUUCAGUAAGUUUAUUUUCAUCAAUAUUUUGUAAUGUGACCUGUAAAACUGACAAACAGGUAAAGUCUCUUUUGAACUAUAUUUUUGGACGAGUUCCCAAGGAUGCCACUUUUAUGAAUUCACUAAGAAGAAAUUACACUAAAAAUAUAACUGAUGAGAAUAUUGCCAUAGUUGCCUCUUAUACUUCCAAUGAUAUACAGCCAUCAUACCUAUGCAUGCUUUAUCUUACGGCUGCAUUCUGUAUCAUUAUUUCCCUUUAUCAGCAUAACACCAAUGUUAGGUUUGAUUUGAUAUGCAUCCUCUAUUUUAUAACUUUCUUGGACACCAUAGUUUGUAACGAAGAAUCGCUAACAAAAGGUAUUAAAGACGUAAGAUGCAAUUUUUCAACUGGAAGAAAUAUAUGUAAUAUCGCUUCAAAGAAAGAUUUUAACGGAAAUAAUAGUGCAGAAGAAAUGAAAUACAGCGCUUUAGAUGAUAUAUAUCAUGCAGAAAGUUUACCUUGCGUUUUAACUCCUGAAGAAAAGAACGAAUUGUUGAAAAGGAAAGAUGCAAUUGAUGAUGAUAACUUUGUUAAAAGUACAAUAUAUUUUUAUACAAAUCUAAUACAGCAUAAAUUUGGGGUUAUAAUUUCCGAACUUAGAAAAGGGAGAUUGUUAAAAAUACUAGAUCAAAAUUUGAUUGGAUCCCAGAGUUCCCUUUCACACUUUUUCCUAUUAUCUGCAGGAAUAGGAAUCUCCAUAAAUAGGAUAUUCCGUAGGACUGAUAAAAAACCGAAUAUUCCAAUACUUUUGCUCCACCUAUUGUCAACUUCAGUGUUUUUAGAGUACACCAUAGGAAAUACCCUCUUUGCAAAUAACUCAUGGUAUACAGGAAAUAGGGAUGAGAAUGAUCAAGAGCAGAUUUUAACAAUAACAAGCGAAAAUCAUAAUUAUACAUCUAUAGAAAUUAGAAAUUCUCCAGAAUCUAUAAAGGCUGCACUGGUGCUAAGAUUUUGUAUCGAUGUUUUUUAUUUCACAAGAAGUUUUACAGACAACAAAUUCACUUUAUCUGAAAACACCAUUGUCCCUGAUGUUUCUAAUACCCCAAAUAAUCCUGACGAUAGAGAAAUCCUAGAAAUUAUGCACAUGUACUGCAAUACUCUAACUAACGAAUCACUUCUCUAUGUUAGAAAUAACUACGCAAUGAUCUACUUUAUAAUGCUUCAACUUGAUUGGACAUCUCAUAAAUCUGGAUUGUAUGCUGAAGAAGAUUAUAUACGCCAUAACGAACUAUUUAGCACAUAUGAGAGAUAUGUGUUCACAAAAUAUGGGCAAACUUUGGGUAAAAUCCUUGAAUGUAAUUCUGGAAACAAAUAUGGGAAAUUUCAAUUAGCUUCUGAUGAGCUUUCUCUAAUGAAAAAAUUUGAGAAGCACGAGGAAUUUUAUAAAAAGGUAGCAAUAUCACUUUUCAGUGGAGAAGAAGAAUGUAUUGAUAUGUUUAAAAUAUUCUUCGAAGAAUCAUUAUGGACGGACGGAGAAAUGAGAAUGGAUGAUUGCUGCCAUCUAGAAGAAAAAUCUCUUCUACAUUCAAUUCAUGAUUCCAUCUCUACAAAACUCUUACUGCGUACAACGUAUUUGUCAUAUAUGAGUAUACUAAAAGGUAAUGAUCAUGAGGAUCGCUACAUGUUUUCCAAUGAGGUAACGGAAAUUUACUAUCCAGACAUAAGGAUGAAAUAUGCAUGGAAUCCCUAUGAUGCUAUAUAUAGUAUAGAGGCAAUUAAUACUCUAAAAGAGCUAAUAUUCCGCUCCAAGUUGUCUCUAUUGGAAACAUGGAAUAGGUAA